AUGGAAGUUGGGAUUACAAUCUUAUUGGAUCUCAUAAGCUACAGAGAGACGCAGGUGCAGCUUGUGGAGCCAUAUUUGAUCUCAAACACCUUCAAGAAUCUGAUCGCGCACUUUUUUAUCUCUCUUUUGUUACAGGUGUUUAAGAGGGGCAUUGACAAAGAUAUGGCUGUGCUUAUGGCUGCAAGAGCUGCACGUUUAGAGAACCAAGAUGCUAUCGAUACUGCAAUUGUUUCAAUGUUGUCAGACCCGAAAGAGGCACGUGCCGGAAUUCAAGAACUUCAUUUUCUUCCAUUCAGUCCAGCUAAUAGAAGAACUGCAUUAACGUACUUAGACGGAGAAGGCAAAAUGCACCGUGUCAGCAAAGGCGCUCCUGAGGAGAUUUUGGAUAUGGCACACAACAAAUUAGAAAUCAAGGACAAGGUACAUGCUACAAUCGACAAAUUUGCAGAACGUGGCCUAAGAUCCCUUGGGUUGGCAUAUCAGGUGAGACAUGAUUAACUAGUUUUACAAGUA